CUCGCCAAAUAGCUCAAACUGCCCUGACUCAAAAUUGGUCCCACUCUGUGAUCCUUGAGCAAUAAAAUCCAUGAUGUCUGCUAAUCUGAUCAGUGCCUCUCCACUUCUUUCUCACUCUAAAUCUUCUGUCACACCAUGCCUGGCCUUCUUCCCUUCAACCAAGAAAACGUCAUCAAACAAAUCCUCUUAUCUUUCACUAAGGCCAGGAGCUACGUCCGAGAACCAGGGUAGCUCAGUCGACGUCCCAGGACCAAGGCAAAGCGAUGGAGACCAAACACAGACGAUCAACGCUUGAAUCUCCCCCUUUGGUUUACUCUCCUAUGAGACCAUGCGCCAAAUGAUGGACACAAUUGACCGGCUUUUUGAGGACGCGCUAACGUUUCCUGGUUCGAAUCGGCCCGUCUGGGAGAUAAUGUCACCUUGGGAUUUUAAAGAGGAUGAUAACCAAAUCAUGCCCGGCUUAUCAAAGGAGGAGGUCAAGGUUUCGGUGGAAGACGACGUUUUGGUGAUCAAAGGAGAGCAGAAACGGGAGGGCGAACAGGAUGCUGGGCAAAACAAAAACUUUUGUUUAUAUGACACACGUCUGCUCUUACCUGAUAAUAUUGAAAAAGAAAAGAUUAAGGCAGAGUUCAAGAAUGGGGUGUUGCUAAUUACAAUUCCAAAGAUCAAAGUUGAGCCCAAGGUCAUCGACGUCCAAAUUGAAUGAACCAUGUUCCAUGCGUUUGUUGGUGUUUGUAUAUAUUGUUUUGGUUCCUGCCUUCAAGAAAAUUAGGUGAAACUGUGUUAAUAUUCCGUAAUUGCAAUAGGAAAGUUUUUGUU